GAGCCUGGAGGCGGAAUUGAAGGAGGAAAGGAGGACUGAUCAAAAGAAGACAGAGGGUGAACUGGAAUACCUUCAAUUGAACAUUAGGCAUAAUUGGCGGACAAACGACGAACAAAGGGAGAACGAAUGGCAUUAUAUGGAUAAGAAAAUGAAACAUAUGGAUGGCAGACUGAUAGAUGUCCUGGAGCAACUAAGAAUUGCUAGAGAGGACAUGGGGGAACCAACAAAGAGGUUGGUAGAAAAACUGGACGAGAUAGAACGCCAACUCCGCAAAGAACAGAAGGCGAUUGAGUCCAGAAUGGAAAAGAGAGAAAAAACCUGGAGGAAUGAGAGGAAGGAGCUAGAAGAGAAAUGUAGCAAAGACAAGAAGGAGUUGGAAGAUAAACUGAAGAUCGAAAGCCAAGAGAGAAAGGAACUUGCAAAGAAUUUGAAGGCGAUGAAAGACAAAAUGUGGGGGUUGGACGAAAAAUGGAAUGAGGACAAGAAGCCAAUAGAGAAAAAAUUGGCAGAAAUCAGUGUUAACGUGGACAACAACCGCAGGCACAUGGAUGAGAGUCUUUUGAAGAUGGAGGAAAUGUUGAAGAAGAUUACGGGCCAAAUCAAAAUGUGCGAAAAGGAGAUGAAAUACCAAAAGGUCCAUCUGAAAGACGAACAGAAGAAUAUGGAAGAAAAGAUGAAUGAAAAAUACAACAAUGAAAGGAUGGAGAUGGAAGAAAAAUGGAACCACGAAAGAAUGGCGAUAGACGAGAUAUUGAAAGAGAUUAAGGCCCAAAUGGAAAAUAAUAUCAAGGAGAUGGAGGUCCAACAAAACAAGGCCCUAAAGGAGACAGAGGACCAAUGUAAGAAGGUGGAAGGAAAACUGAAUGAGAUUGAGGGCCAUCUGAAGCAAGAACGGGAGAUGGAGGACCAAAGAAAGAAGGUCUUAGAAGAGAUGGAGAGAAAAUUAAGGGAGAUGGAAGACAAACUGAAAGAGGCCGAGGACCAAGGAAGGAACGAACGCAAGGAGAUGGAUGGCAAACUGAAGAUGAUGGAGAAGAAAUUAAAGAAGACUGAGGACCAGCUGGAAAAGGAAAGAAAGGAGAUGGAAGACAAUAUGAAAAAGAGAGAAGACAAAUGGGACCAGGACAGGAAGGAGAUGGAAGUAAAAUGGAACCAGGACAGGAAGGAGAUGGAAGUAAAAUGGAACCAGGACAGGAAGGAGAUGGAAGUAAAAUGGGACCAGGACAGGAAGGACAUGGAAGUAAAAUGGAACCAGGACAGGAAGGAGAUGGAAGUAAAAUGGAACCAGGACAGGAAGGAGAUGGAAGGACAGAUGAACAAAAAGAUAGAGGCAAUGGUAAAAGAGAUGAAGGCACAGGAUGAGAAGGCGCAGGAUGAUGAGAAGGCACUGGCCGAGAAGGUGCGGGCCGAGGACAACGCCCUGCAGGAAACCACAGCCAAGAUGGUUUACAACCUGCAGAAAACGAUCGAUGCCAUGGCCCAGGACUGCAAUGCUCUAAAAACAGACCUAGCAAAGCUGAAUGCGGAGAUGGCCCUUCUGAAAGAAAAGUGUGAGCCUUCUAAUUUACAGAUCGACAACAUCAUGGAGCCCAGAGCCCUGGCCACCAGGAGGAGGGAGAGCUCAGAAGAUGACUCGGCGAUGGACAGAGGGUCUACGACGGUCUCUUAUAUCACAUGUAAAUGCUGCGGCCACGUACUGCCCCAGAAACUACCUGUCAAGACCACCGAACUCUAUAAUUUGCUGUGCCCUGCCUGCCGCCUCCUACUGCAGAAGCCAAGCUCCGACCAACAGCCAACCCCAAAGCCUCCUGCAGAACCAAAGAAGCCAGCAAUUGGGGGUCUCCGCAGAAAUCUCCAAUGUAUAAAGCAGGAGACCAGCCAAGGAACUGCCGCGAAGACGACAAACAAGACUAAGUCAUCAAUGGCCUCAUAUCGGAAGACAAUAAAGCCAGCCAUUGUUGCUCCCAUAAUCCCCAGCAGAAGAGAACGAUUACUAGACAUGUAUCCCACCAAAGGAAAGCUGAAUCUCGUAACUCGGAGAUAAUCCAAAGGAGACUGUCCAAAAAUCUAAAGAAGAAUGGAUUAUGAUUUACUAUUGCACUC